UGUGUUAUACACAUCUCCUAUGUUUACCUCCCCUGGAUCAAGUUGUUUGUCAAAUGUUUCCCCCAAUGACACUAUACUAAAGGAUUUACAACAUAGCAACCCAACCAGAGAGAGAAAACCAAAAAUACCAAAGUCCACUGUUGUGAGCAAGGCUGUUAAGAGAGUAAGGAGGUUAGACACGACCAAGGAAGGAAUGCCGCGGACUAACUUAUUCUGUGAAGAAGAUGAGGAAGAUGGCAAUACGGAGGAAGCAGUACAUCAUACUCAGGGAGAUCCGGAUGCUUUGUAUGAGGACGAUGACAUGGGUUACGAUGGUGGUUUAGGAUUUCAAAGUGAUAGUGAUGUAGAAGAUUUGGAUUUUGAUGAUAUCACUGAACCAACAACUCCAGGAUAUGUUAGUCUUGGACCUCCAACAGCCAAAUGCAGCCAUUGUGGGGCCAUUCUUUGGAAGGAAGAGCGUGUAAACAAGAAUGUUAAAAAGGGGAUGCCUGAAUUUUCAAUCUGUUGCUGCAGGGGCCAAAUCAACCUUCCUAAAGUUCCACCUACACCUUCAUACUUGAUGCAGCUGUACAAUGAUCCAAAAAAAGGGAAAAGCUUCAGAAGGAAUAUUCGGUUAUAUAACACUAUGUUCGCUUUCACGUCAAUGGGGGGGAAGGUUGACAAUUCAAUUAAUACGGGAAGAGCACCAUAUAUAUAUCGGCUUAAUGGGCAAAAUCAUCAUGUAUUUGGGACACUCAUUCCAAAUGAAGGGAAAGAUCCUAAAUUUUGUCAACUCUACAUAUAUGAUACCGAAAAUGAGGUUGACAACAGGAUGAAAUGGGUUAAAGUCGACAAUGGGGAACCGGUUGAUAAAGGAGUUGUUUCUGGUUUGUUAGAGAUGUUGGAUUCGACAAAUGAGCUGGUCCCGUUCUUUCGUAUGGCACGUGACCGUUUCAAGGAGGACGCUGUGCAGGAUUUGAAAAUUGUAAUGAAAGUAUCACGUGCUGACUCUGGUCGUGAAAAUUUCAUUGGCCCCUCCAAUGAGGUUGGUGCUAUUAUGGUCGGAGACCUGGAAGAUACAUGUGGGGAAAGGGACAUUGUUAUUCACAGCAAAAAACAUGGUCUUCAACGGAUAUCUGAUAUACAUCCAAAAUUAAUGGCAUUGCAGUAUCCAUUGCUCUUCCCUGCAGGCGAAGAUGGAUAUUCAGAUGACAUUCCAUAUCAGAAGACUAAAAACAAUGAGGGGAAGAAACGUCAAAGGGUCACAAUGAAGGAGUAUUAUUCUUAUAGAUUACAAGUUCGUCACAAUGAAGGUAAUACUCCCCGUCUUGCUGGUAGAUUAUUUCAACAAUACAUUGUUGAUUCUUUUUCCGCAAUUGAACAAGCACGUUUGUGGUGGUAUCGAACUCAUCAAACAACACUUCGCAAUGAUCUGUACACAAAUAUUUCAAAAAGUCUUGCAAAGGGUGAGGCUACCACGGCCAAUGUCGGUAAAGGCUUCAUACUGCCUGCGAGCUUUCUUGGUUCUAGAAGGUAUAUGCAACAAUGUUUCCAGGAUGCCAUUGCUGUUUGCAGGCAUAUCGGACAUCCAGAUAUUUUUCUCACGAUGACCACAAAUCCAAUGUGGGAUGAGAUCAUUCAUAUGAUGAAAAAUAUGCCAGGAUGCUUGCCUGUUGAUUCUCCCGACGUUAUUGCACGUGUCUUCAAGCUCAAACUUGAACAGAUUGUUGAUGAUAUUAAGAAUAAGGGUUAUUUCGGAAAGUGUGCUGCAAUCAUGUAUGUUGUCGAAUUUCAAAAACGAGGCUUGCCACACGUGCACAUGCUGAUAUGGUUGGACUCUGAAUCCAAAAAAAAGUUGAAUGCCAAUGUCGAUGAUUUUGUUUCUGCUGAAAUCCCUGACCCGAAGAUCGAUCCUAUUGGUUAUCAAGCUGUAGCCAGACAUAUGAUGCACGGCCCCUGUGGUUUGUUAAAUACCAAGUCACCGUGCAUGAAGAAUAUGAAAUGCAGCAAACACUUUCCCAAAAAGUACUCUUCUCAAACUAUGUUUGACCAGUCCGGAUUUCCUCUUUACAAACGGCGUAAUACUGGAAUCACGGUCAAGAAAGGUAUUCACGAGCUUGAUAACCAAUAUGUUGUUCCAUACAACCGUGAUUUGCUGGUAAAAUAUCAAUGCCACAUGAAUGUCGAAAUCUGUUGUCAUGCACGUAGUCUGAAAUAUUUAUUCAAGUACUGCUUGAAAGGGCAUGAUCGUGCUACUGUAGAGAUUUCAAAGAAAAACACAGAAUCCCAGCAGAACAAUAUUGAUGUCCCCAAAGACGAGAUACAAGCUUAUUUCGAUGGCCGUUACAUUUGCGGGGCUGAAGCUGCAUACCGGAUAUUUGGAUUUGAUAUCCAUUAUCGAUCCAUAUCAGUCCUGCGAUUAUCAUUCCAUUUGCCUGGGAAUCGCAAUUGCACAUUCAGAGAAGACGAAGAACUUCACAAGGUUGUCCGAAGGGAAAAAUACAGACAAAGCCAAUUAGAAGCUUUCUUCCAACUAAACCAGAAGGACAGUAAUGCAAGACAAUAUACUUACGAUGAAAUUCCAAGGUACUAUGUAUGGAAUGAUCAAGAUACUAUUUGGCAAGUAAGGAAGAAGGGUACACAGAUUGGAAGGCUCCUGUUUACUCAUCAUACUUCUGGAGAAAUCUGGUAUUUGAGAUUAUUACUCACCAAGGUUAGAGGACCAACUUCCUUUAAUCAUCUUAAAACUGUCAAUGGUGUUGUUUGCAAUACAUUUAAAGAGGCCUGUAAAAAAUAUGGUUUCUUGGAGGAUGAUAACGAGUGGAACGAGGUACUACAAGAAUGUUCCAAGUGUGGUUUCCCAGGGCAGAUUCGGGAACUUUUUGUUCAUAUAAUGGUAAAUUGUCAAGUUACUGACCUUGCUUCACUAUGGAAAUCUUUUUGGAAAGUGAUGAGUGAUGACAUUAUCAUGAAGAUCAGAAAGGAGAAUGCAAAUGUUCCAGUUUCUAUCAGCGACAAACAGCUACAAUUUUAUGUAUUAGCAGGUUAG